AGGCUACUGUGUAUAAACAACUCGAAACCAGUCCGAAAAAAAACCCUUCUAGUUGAGUUUUGUUGCCGCAAGUAUUGUUUCAGAAAUAUUUAUUGGUUCACUGGGGCACCAUUUUGUAGAAUAUGUAUUACAAUACGAAAACUGCAGUACCCGUCAUUGAUGUGAUGUGAUCAUGCUAAUUAAGAUAGCAAUCUAUUAACUAGCUAAAAAAAUACAAAAAUACAUCAUCAUAGAAAACACUGACACAGUUUAUGUAUUUUAAAGAGGAGACAUAAAAGCAAUGCAUCUUUUUUGUAAAAUCAUGUUUUUUUUGUUAGGGUAAUGUUUGUCUAUACAGCAUAUAUUUUCUCGUAUAAAUAGUAUAAAAAUAAAUGCAGAACAUAAACUGUGUCUUUUCCAUCAAAAGAGAAUUUUUUGUCAUGGUAAGUCACAUUGCACGGCUGUUGUUAUUACAGCUAUUUCCGUGCUGCUUUAUAUAUGAAAAAUUGCCCUGGAAAUCUGAAUAGUUUUAUUUUUAAGGCAUGUCAACUUUAAUGUUUUCAAAUAAACGCUAUCGGUCUCUGCAACAAAACAGCCACAAGACAGAUGAAUGCCUCCUGCUUUUAAUGGACAGCCCUCAUCUUUGUUUGUGCACAGGAGUUAUAUGCACAGCGCAAAGCCAGACAGCCAUCAACUUGACUUAUUUUGUUGCAGGAGAACUAGAUGCUCUCUCCUGCCCUGAAUAUCAGGAGGGCUUUGAUGGCUCCUGCUACAAGUUUGUGGGUCUGCAGCGUCCUUUCCUCGGUGCCCAGAAAUGGUGCGAGAGACGAGGAGGACACGUAGCCUUCAUCCUGAAUGACGAGACGCAGCGGUUCCUUCAGAGGCACCUCGAUCCAAAGAAAGACUGGUGGCUCGGACUGGCGCCUGCUGCACCGAACCUCACUCUGGAAACUGAUGCCACUGCGGUUUCUCUGGCGUGGCUGGAUGGCUCAGAUGUCAGCUACGAUAAUUGGGCGAACAAGCCUGAUGCACAAGCAUCCUGUGGACAUAUUGUCAAAAUGUCAGGCUUCCGGUGGGAAGCGUCAGAAAAUUGUACUCGGGAACUUAACUUUAUCUGCCAGUUUGAUUCUAGGAGAUCUAUUGCCUGUGACGGCCAAAACGCCACAUUGCAGUGCGGCUCUGGUCAAGUCAUAGAAAUAGAUGAUAGCUUCUAUGGUCGAAAAACAGUUCACUACUGCCGGACCAAACUCCCCACCACGCCCUCACCUCCUCAGGAUAAGUGCACCUGGACAGAUGUCGCAGACUCGGUGAAAGGGAGUUGCCACGGACUACAGGCCUGCCAAGCUCCAGCAGAUGCCAAGUCUUAUGGUGAACCCUGUCCUCUGUUAGGAAGUUACUUGUCUGUGGAGUACCACUGCAAAGAUGGACUCCACUUGCUGAUGAGUAACUUGGCAGCGGUAUUUGAUAAUGUUACUAUCAAUAUCAAGUGGCUCCUGCAACCUUAUGAGGGAAACCUUACAUGCGCUCUGAAUGCUGGAGAUGGCCACACUAUUGAUGCCAUCACCCCAGAAGAGACGGAGAGCACAGUAAUGCACAAAUUCAAAACCCCUGGACUUUUUGUGGUCACAAUGGAGUGUUCUACCAGUGAUUGGCAUGUGACAGCCCAAAAAGCCAUCAGCAUCCAGGAGCCUGUGGGUCAGUUUGGAGACAUCAAGUGCCAUAGUACCAACACAUCAGACGGUAGCACUAACUGCACCCUGCUUUACAACGGAGGGUCUGUUGAAGUUCAGGUCACAGUGGAAACAGGCACAAACGUUACCUACAUACUUCAAUAUGAGGAUGUUAUACUUGCAAACACCUCGGCUGACCAAGGGAUCACACCCCACAAUGUUACAUUGAAUUCAAGUGCAGUGGAGCAGCUUAGGCAUGGCUGUAACAACCUGACUUUAAGCGCCUUCAAUAAGGUCACAACCCAAGCAGUGUCCACCCAGUUUGAACUGUGUCUGCUGGAGCCUGUUGAGGGGCUGCAAGCCUCAGUGAUAGCAGAGGAAGACCAGUGUCCCGACUCCAGUGACCUCAUCGUUGGUGUCUCGCUGGAGCGUGGAGCCCCUGUGCAGCUUCUCUUUACACUGACUGUCAACAAUGUCACUCACCUGGAGACCAGAGACAUGCUCAAUGGAAGCUUACAAACGUAUACCUUUGGAAGGCCAGUUGAAGGUUUGUUUGAAUUGACUGUGCAAGCUUUGAAUGCUUUCUCGGCCUCCGAUUUUAACGUGAGCCUAGAAAGCAUAUUCCUGGCAUGCAAGAACUACUCUGACUUUGAAAACAUGGCUACUGGUGAAUCUUAUGACUUGAAAGUAAUUUCUACUCCAGAAUCUGUGGUUGACUCCACUCACAAUGUCACCCUCAGCAUUAAUGGAAGUGUUUCAUUACCCAGCAAAGGACUCAAAUAUAAGUGGAAUUGUAGAGGGGACUGCAAAUGCAGCAAUCAAACAAAUUACGAAACACACGUGAUUGACAAACAGUGUCUUCCGAAUCCAUUUGAGAUGGCCGUCUACACUGUGACUGUGAAGAAAACGGCCUGGUUUAGAAAAUGGGUCCGACUAGCUUCUGCUUCCAAGUGCAUUGCUGUUGUUCCAGAGGAAUUAAAAAAUGUCACCGUCAGUUGUGAUAAUUGCACUUCAAUUAAUGUGAGCAACCCUGUAAAGCUGAGACUGAGCUGUGUGGCGACUUGCCCAGAUGUCAACUGGUACAUGGAGGAUCCAAAACCUCUGAGGGGUGAUCUUAAAAACUGUUACUCACACGAAAGAAGAAGGCCACUGAUGAAGAAGCAACAGGGCAACUCAGAGUUUCUUGUAAACAUCCAACAGCUGAAAUAUUCAAGGGAGAAUUUGGUGAACAUCACUGUGAUUGUUCAAGGAAAAUCAGAGCUAGGCUAUGCCAAGUACACACUACCCAUACCGGAUCCGGAGCCAACUGAAGCCCCUUCAGAUGCCGCCCCUCCGACGUGCAGCAUCUUUCCACUAUCAGGCACUGUGCUUGACUCAUUCGAUAUCAUCUGCCAAGCUGGUUCUUUCUGUUCUUCGGGCUGUCUGUAUUGCUUCAAGACAGACAGAGGCAAACAUCUGCGUUGCAGUAAUAAAGAAUUGGUGAAAUCUGUUUUAUUGCCCGUUGGAGAUGAGAAGAACAAUUACAAUUUGUCUAUUGUGGUGACUGUCAAAAAUAAAUAUACAGAAGUUACCACGGCCGUCCACACUCAGGUUCGGAACAACAACUCCAGUGCUUCCGUGGAGACUCUGCAGUCAGUUUUAGAAGACACAGUCUCCCAGUUAGAGCAGGAUGGUCUUCUCUCUGGCGAGGCCCUCGGCCAAAUAGUCACCUCUGUAGCUGACCUGCUCAACACCGAGACUGACGAGGAUCAGAAGGACGCAAGGAAGAAGCUUAGAGAGCAGAUGCUGACCAAAAUGACCGCAGUGCUGCUGGACUCUCCAUCAAACACCAGUCACGAGGUACAUGUGACAGCCAGAGCUGUGGCUGAACUCACACAGCGCUCAGAUGAGCUCAGCCCCGCUGCCCAGGAAGAAGCAAGUUCAUUGUUGGUGGACCUAAGCUCCUCCCUCAACACUAUCAGUGUUAAUCAGGAUAUUAGCGGUGACGAUGGAGAAGUUGUGGAUGGAGCUGCACCAAUAGUUGAAGCGGCCAGUAAUAUUUUGAAUGCUUCGUCAAAUCAAAAGGUUUCCAACUCCCUUCUGACUGGGAUAAACAAUGUACAGAAUGCCUUGUUGAAUCAUAAAAAGUUGAAUGGAGAUCCUAUCAUCAUUGACUCUCAUCAGAUCAGUGUGUAUGUCAACAGACUUUCUCCAGAAAACAUGCAGAUGCAGGAUAUAAACAUCGAGAGGGGCAGCGCGUCUAGAUUUUCUUUUCCAACUCUGCCUUCUGAUGUUUUCUUAUCAGAUGAGCCUGUGGAUGUCAGAAUGAUGAGUUUUGAAAAGAACCCGUAUUCGUGGAAAGGUGGAAACAUUUCGGGAACUGUGGGAUCUGUGUCUCUCACAAGAACGAAUGGCACUGUCAUCCCUGUUGAGAAUUUGCCUGAGGAAAUUGAGAUUAUCCUCCCCAGGCUGGAUGUUGGGCUGGAGAACAGUACAGUUCUGGACCUGGCCAAUUUCAGCACGUUAAUAAUCGAUGUUCCUUCACCUGACGUUACAUUGGUGCUGAAAAUGGAUCCCUCUGAAAACAUUACCUUCAUGGUACUCCUGGGGUACAAGAAUUAUCCAACAACUGAGGAGUAUGUGGCCAAAACUCAGAUGCCUCUUGAGAAUGUGAAAGAAGAGGAAAAAUAUACCUGGGUCCUCAGUCCGAAAGAAAGAUCAGGAGAUGCUGGCGUCCACUUUCUCGUCCUGAAGCCCAAAGUAGAACCAGGUGUCAAAUCUGUUAAUGCUACAGUCAGUAUUGUAACCAUUGCAGCCCAGUGCAAGUACUGGGAUGAAGAAGGGUCAUCUUGGAGUGAAGAGGGCUGCAGGGUAAAUGUGAAACCUUUUGUUCCAUCUGAGAAAGGUGAAUUUUCCAAAACAUCACCCACUGCUGGUUUUUGUUUAUUCUUUCUGCAGGUUGGCCCACUCACCACGCCUUUGCUCACUCAGUGUCUGUGUAACCACUUAACUUUCUUUGGAAGCUCUUUCUUUGUCAUGCCAAACUUAGUGGACGUGACGCGCACCGCAGAGCUUUUCACCACUUUCUUUAAUAAUCCUGUGGUUGUGUGCUUUGUGGGGGCCAUUUUCUGUGCUUAUCUUCUGGUGGUUGUAUGGGCGCGCAGAAAAGACAUACAGGACUCAGCGAAGGUCAAAAUAACCGUGCUUGAAGAUAACGACCCAUUGGCAGAAUACUGCUAUAUGCUGACUAUCGGCACAGGGCAUCGGCAUGGUGCAUCCACCUCCUCACAGGUGACGCUAACCCUGCUGGGGACAGAGGGUGAAAGUGAACCCCACCACCUGAGUGAUCGAGAGAAACCUGUGUUUGAAAGGGGCGGGGAGGAUGUAUUUCUCUUGACCACACACUUUUCCCUUGGAGAGCUGCAGAGCAUCAGGCUGUGGCACGACAACUCAGGCACACACCCUGCAUGGUAUGUCAACAAAGUAAUGGUGCAAGAUCUGGAGACUGGACAGAAGUGGCACUUUCUCUGUAAUUCCUGGUUUGCUGUCGACGUCGGGGAGUGCACUCUCGACAAGGUCUUCCCAGUGGCCACUGAAGAGGAUUUGAAGAGAUUUAGCAAUCUGUUCUUUAUGAAGACCGCUAAGGAUUUCCGUGAUGGACACAUCUGGUUCUCGGUCAUCAGUCGACCUCCAUGCAGCACCUUCACUCGUGUACAGCGAGUGUCCUGCUGCUUUUCCUUGCUGCUCUGCACGAUGUUGACUAGCAUCAUGUUUUGGGGCAUCCCUACGGAUCCCUCAGAGCAGACCAUGGACCUGGGUCACAUCGAAUUCACCUGGCAACAGGUCAUGAUUGGCAUUCAAAGUUCGAUCAUCAUGUUUCCUAUCAAUCUCCUCAUUGUGAGCAUCUUCAGAAACACUCGUCCUCGGGAAAAAGCGCCGAAAUCUGACAAGACCAAGCAGGGGAAGACUGUUCGAGUGUCUCCCUCGCAAACCUCUUCUCCUCAGAAAGAGCAGAAGGACAUCACACCAGACACAGUGCUGAAGGACAUAAAAAGGAUAGCCCAGUCACUGUCAAAGGCCAUGAAGAGUCCCCUCCCUCAUUUGGCCCUUCGACCUGGUCAACAGACUGAUAUCAACACUCUUUUGUCUCUGGUGGAAGACAUCAUUAGGCAGCAAAACCGAACCUCCUCUGACUUCUACACUGAUACCGCUAAAAGAGAACGCUCAAUCCUCAGUCUAGGGGCAGUCGAUCUUCAAGAAAAGAGCGUUUGGGGCAGUCCAGAGAAGACCUCAGAUGGGGUUCAGAAGAAGAGCAACAACAGCAGGUAUCUGUACAGGCAGCUGCGUCAUGUUGAGAAGAAGCUGGGUUUUCUGGGAUCGUCUCGAUUUCCAAACCCAGACAUCUAUAACAAAGCCAUGCAGCAAGUUCAGGGGAUGAAGAAUCUGCUCGAGUUUCACCUGCCAUCUCACAGCCUAGAUGGAGAACAAUCAGAGCGUAGUCCCAGUCCAGAAGAGAGUGUCAACAAGGGCCCUGCCAAGAAAUGUUGUCAAGGCGGGCUGCCCUGGUGGUUUGUCUUUGUUGGCUGGAUAUUGGUGAUAGCAACCAGCGGUGUAUCUGGAUACUUUACCAUGAUGUAUGGGCUGACCUACGGGAAAGAUCGCUCUAUAAGCUGGUUGAUCUCCAUGGUGGUGUCCUUUUUUGAAAGUUUGUUCAUCACACAACCUCUUAAGGUUCUUGGCUUCGCUGCUUUCUUCGCUCUUGUUCUGAAAAAAGUGGAUCAGGAGGAAUACGGAGAGGCUCAGAUUGACGAGAGCCUCAAGAAUUCUGAUGAUCCAGAUGGGGUGCGAGCAGCACGGAGAGACAGCACGUGCAGUUUCUACCAGCCACCACCUCCGACAGACAUAGAGAAGAUGAGAAACAACAUGAUUAAAGAGCAGAAAGUAUUUGCUCUCAUUAGGGAGAUUCUUGCCUACAUGGGGUUUAUGUGGAUGUUGCUCCUGGUGGCAUAUGGACAGAGGGAUCCCAAUGCUUAUUUCCUGACCCAGCAUAUUCGACAGAGCUUUAGCAAAGGCAUCUCUGACACGAUGAGCAUUCAAGAUGUGUUCAACUGGGCAAACACAACUCUGCUGAGCAACUUGUUCGGAGAACACCCAGGCUUCAUCACAGACGGAAACUCAAAGCUAGUGGGGAACGCUCGUCUCCGCCAGCUGAGGGUACAGAACAACUCUUGUCACGUGGCACGCCGCAUGCAACAGGCUGUGCAUGACUGUCAUGCGCUGUACUCAUGGGAGUCAGAGGACAUGGGCUCCUACAGCCCAGGCUGGAAUUACUCGGAGGCCGAUAACACAUCACAGAACCUUCCCAGUCCCUGGAAGUACCAGUCCCAGAGUAAACUGAGGGCCUACCCCAUCUGGGGAAGCAUGAUGCUCUACGGGGGCGGAGGCUUUGUGGUGGCUCUUGGACCAGAUUUAGACAACUCCAGCAGAUCGCUCCAGUAUCUUUAUGAAAACCGCUGGUUCGAUGCGUACACCCAAGCAAUAUUUGUUGAGUUCACCGUGUACAACGCCAAUGUCAACCUCUUCUGCAUUGUCAGACUCAUGCUGGAGACCACAGCCAUAGGGGCUUUCCAGUUCCGGAGUGAGCUCCAAAAUGUUCGGCUGUACCAAUCGACUGGGGGCCUGCACAUCUUUGUCAUGGUCUCCGAAGCCAUCUACUUCCUCUUCAUUAUUUAUUAUAUGUUUGUUCAGGCAAAGCUGAUGAAGCAACAGAGAUGGGCUUAUUUCAAGAGUAAAUUGAACCUGCUCGAGCUGGCAAUCAUCCUUCUCAGUUGGAGCGCCCUCGCCGUCUUUAUCAAGAGGACUCUGCUGGGGAAGCGGAACAUGGAGUACUACCAGAACCACAAAGACCAAUAUGCCAGUUUUCACGAGACAGCCAAGGCCGAUGCAGUGCUGGGCUAUCUGAUUGCCUUCCUGGUGCUGUUGGCCACAGUGAAACUGUGGCACCUGCUGAGACUCAACCCUAAGUUGCACAUGAUCACAGCAACACUCCAGCGAGCCUGGACUGAUAUCUCUGGCUUCCUGGUGGUCCUGACCAUCAUGUUUCUGGCCUACUCCAUCGCUUCUAACCUGAUGUAUGGGUGGAAGCUGUAUUCCUAUCGCACUCUAUUUAACGCUGCCCAGACCAUGGUCAGCCUGCAGCUGGGCAUCUUUAACUACGAGGAGAUUCUCAAUUACAACCCCAUCCUGGGUGCCUUCCUCAUUGGCUCCUGUAUCGUGUUUAUGACGUUUGUGGUGCUCAAUCUCUUCAUUUCUGUCAUCCUUGUGGCCUUCAGUCAAGAACAGAUACAUCACAAGCCAUCCGAGGAGGAAGAGAUAGUGGACCUGAUGAUGCUGAAACUUUGUAGUCUGUUCGGAAUUAAAUGUAAGAGCAAGCAAGGGGACGACGGCCUGACCGAGAAGGUCGGACUUUCAUCUGCUUCCGAUAACGGAAUCGCUACAAUUUCUCCAGGGCGUGUUGACAACGACUCGUAUGUGCUACUUUAGUCAACUUUAUUAUAAUAUAGAAUGUAAAACCAUGUGUGCUUUGCUACUGUUGUUGCUUUUCAGCGUUUGCUUCAUUCUGUGCUGUUGACUGCAUGUCACAGCCCAAGUAAGUGCUUUAUUUAUUAACUAUAUCCUCCAGAUAUGUCUAUAUUGUAAGAGAAGCCGAAUCAGUUAGAAAUUGUAGGAAUUAAUAUGUAUCGUACACAUUGAAGCACUCAAUUUAUGCUGCUGUAUAUUUAAAGCCAACUUGGGUCAUGACAGUGAUUCUAUUGAGUAGAAUAAUAUUUGCUCAAAGUGCCAUUUUGUAUUUAUAACAGCGUGACCGCUUAGAUGCUGAAAAUGUUUUUUGUUAUUCUGUAAACCACUUCUUCAGUAGAGUAAAAUGUAUUCACAAAAAAUCCAAUGUCUUUACUGUGCAACAUGAACAAUAGCUGCUGAAAAGAGAUGAAAACAUAUAUUUAAGUAUUAUGUGGCAUUUAUUUUGAUGGUAUUAUCAGAUUGUACAAACAAAUCCUUGAAGUAAGUUUGCUUUCAAGUUAACGCGUUAUGAUCUACUAAAAAAACGUGAAGUGCUUUUUUAUUGUGUGGUGUACUUAUGGGGAAUUUGCGUACCCUUGUGGAGUUGCCCUCUGUAGAAGAGAUGCAGGAUGGGGAACAUGGAAUAGAUGAAUGUAAUAGGGCGAGCAGUCAGAUAUAAAUAAAAUAAAAUAAAAGAAAGCAAGCAUGAUAGUCAACAAAACCAACAUUAUUACGAUAAAAUGUUCCUUUAAGUAAUUUUAACCGUUUGUGCAAUGCAGUUUUGUUUUUAAAUU